AUGACAAAGGCGUGGAGGUUCUCCUGGGCUUACGCGGCGUGCUCCUUCACAAUCUUUGCCACAAUCUCGCUAUGCGUUUUUUUCUGCUACGUCGUAUUCGUGUUGCGUCGCCGUCAGCGACAACAGCGCUCGGUAGAAUCUGUUUUUCAGCAGCGUCAUCAGCAGCGCCAACAGAGAAUGCAAGACCGUCGCGUGUACGCAGAAAAUAUGCGUGCGUUGUUUCUCUUCUUACAGUCUGACAUUACAACAUUAAACACGACUGCAAUCCCUCCCGCCGCACCAGCUGCAAACCCCUUUUCCGGCCCAGCAAGUGGUGCGACAC